GCGGCGGCGGCGGCGCGGGGGGAGGAAAGGGGUGCUCGGAGCGUGCAGGAUGAUGGUGGCGGCGGCGGCGGCUGAGGCAGGCGGCGGGUAGAAAAUGGCGGAUUUCGAGGAGCUGCGGAAUAUGGUAUCAAGUUUUCGGGUCUCUGAACUUCAAGUGCUGUUAGGCUUCGCUGGACGUAAUAAAAGUGGACGCAAACAUGACCUCCUGAUGAGGGCAUUGCACUUGCUGAAGAGUGGCUGCAGCCCAGCAGUUCAGAUAAAAAUCCGAGAACUCUACAGGCGUCGAUAUCCCAGGACAAUAGAAGGUCUUUCAGACUUGUCUGCUAUAAAAUCAUCAGUCUUCAAUUUGGACAGUAGUUCAUCUCCAGUAGAAUCUGAUUUAACUGUUGCUGGACUGCAUCAAAUCCCUUCCACUUCAGUCACUCCUCAGUCACCUUCCUCACCUCUUAAUUCGGUGCUACUUCAGGACACAAAGCCUCGCUUUGAGAUGCAGCAGCCAUCACCUCCGGUUCCACCAGUGCAUCCUGAUGUUCAGCUGAAAAGCCUCCCAUUUUAUGAUGUGCUUGAUGUUCUUAUAAAACCUACAAGCUUAGUACAGAGCAGUAUUCAGAGAUUCCAAGAGAAAUUCUUUAUCUUUGCUUUAACACCUCAACAAGUGAGAGAAAUCUGCAUUUCCAGGGACUUUUUACCUGGUGGCAGAAGGGAUUAUACUGUGCAAGUUCAGCUGAGGCUGUGCCUCGCAGAAACAAGCUGCCCUCAAGAAGAUAACUAUCCUAGUAGUUUGUGCAUAAAAGUAAAUGGGAAACUCUUUCCAUUGCCGGGAUAUGCUCCACCACCCAAAAAUGGAAUUGAGCAAAAGAGACCUGGGCGCCCCUUGAAUAUUACAUCUUUAGUCAGGCUAUCUUCUGCAGUGCCAAACCAGAUUUCUAUUUCCUGGGCAUCUGAAAUUGGAAAGAAUUAUUCGAUGUCUGUAUAUCUUGUACGCCAGCUAACUUCAGCAAUGUUGCUACAGAGGCUAAAAAUGAAAGGCAUUCGGAACCCCGAUCAUUCACGAGCACUAAUUAAAGAAAAACUCACGGCUGACCCAGAUAGUGAAAUUGCUACUACCAGUCUGCGAGUAUCACUUAUGUGUCCUCUGGGGAAAAUGAGACUGACAAUUCCCUGCCGUGCUGGUACAUGUACCCACCUGCAGUGCUUUGAUGCUGCUCUCUAUCUACAAAUGAAUGAAAAGAAACCUACCUGGAUAUGUCCUGUGUGUGACAAGAAAGCAGCAUAUGAGAGUCUCAUCUUAGAUGGGCUCUUUAUGGAAAUUCUGAAUGAGUGUUCAGAUGUAGAUGAAAUCAAAUUCCAGGAGGAUGGUUCCUGGUGCCCUAUGAGGCCAAAGAAGGAAGCUUUGAAAGUUGUUAGCCCACAGUGCACCAAAAUAGAAAGUUCCAGCAUGGUCAGCAAGCCAUGCUCCAUGCCCAUUGGUGAGGUCAGUAAGAAGAAAGUUGAUGUCAUUGAUCUGACUGUCGAGAGCUCAUCUGAUGAAGAGGAAGAUGCUCCUCCCAAAAGGAAAUGCAUAUACAUGUCUGACACACAAGCAAGUCCCACCAAAGGGGUGCUCAUGUAUCAGCCAUCUUCUGUCCGAGUGCCAGGGGUGAGCACAGUGGACCCUACAACUAUUCCACCCUCAUUAACGGAUUACCCUGUACCAUACCACCAUCCAUCAAUAUCAAGUAUUUCAUCAGACUUACCUGGUUUGGAUUUUCUUUCUUUAAUCCAAGUUGAUCCACAGCAGUACUGUGCUCCUAUGUUUUUGGAUAGUCUCACCUCGACUUUGCCAACAAGCACCACCCCCGGCAACAUCAUCACGUCCACCAGCCACCAUGAGAGCAGCACUCGUGUCAGUUCCUCAGGCCGGAGCGAGACAGGCGUAAUCACCAGCAGUGGGAGCAACAUUCCUGACAUCAUCUCUCUGGACUAAAAGCUGGCAGAAUCUGCCAGUUCGGAACUAGACAGACUUGCCAGUCGCAUGCCUAAAUCCACAGACCAUCUGCUGCUUGGACCUAAUUUGGAAUAUUUAUUGAAGGAAGAAAAUGAGAUUCUGUUACCCUCUACAUGUGUAUUGACAGUGUAUGGCAGGAAGAAAACCAACUAGCAGUGUUGUGUCAAGCCCCCUGGAACCUGGCUCUCUUGUGCUCGCCAGACGUCUUUCUGUGUCUGCCCUGGCCUAGGAAGCAUGCCAAGCAAGUUCAAGUCCAUGAAUGCUUGGGAACACUGGUAGGCCCCUUCUUUGUGCAACCCUCUGCCAGUGCUAGGUGUGUGAUCCCUACCACCACGCACAGAAACAGCAAGUGGCAUGAGCAAGCAGAACUCCACUUGCCCAGUGGGUUUGUGGGCAGAAUGUGUGCAAGCUGGCCUCACAAGUAAUACCUGCUGCAGUGCAUCUGUAAUAUGCAACUGAGGACUUGGUUCCUGACAGAUACCUGUGCAAAGGCUCGGCAGGGAAGCACCAGCUUAGGCUUAGGGCAGAGAGGAUGCAGGCCAGAGUCCUGGGAAAGGAGCUGAGGGAAUCCAGUGGAUUCCUACUCGCAAACAAGAUUUCUCGCAUGUCCCUGCUGACUGGAAGGGGUUUGUUUUGGUCAUCUUGGGUUUUUAUUUCUCUUUCUAGCUGGGAAAAAUGUGAGCUGUUUUUGAAUGUCAGCCCUUCAGGCUCAUUAUGAAGAAACUGGAAUGGCUUUGCUACUUGGAUUUCAUACCCUAAUUUUAAUUUUUUGUUACAUCUAGCAAUAAUGUAAACAGUUUUUUAAAAGAAAAAUUAAAAAGGCGCUUAAUUACUCUGAAAGGACAAGAGCCUAUGCUUAUCCCAGAUGUGAAAACAAAAGAGAAGGAAUCAACAUUUAUUUUAAUUCCUGACCUUUCAUUGGGCCUUAAAAUAGAAAUUUAGUGGAGAGGCUGAAUCUUUGUGAAACAACAGUUGUAUGAACUUGCGCUUUUCCCAUCUUUGCCAAUCACCACCAUCCCUUUCCCAAAACAGGAUAUUGGUUCUCCCCACUCCCAAUAUUUGGAAGGUCAUGUUGCUUAGACUGUUUAGUUUCAAGUGAAAAAAAAAAGAAUGGGGGUGGUGAUGAAAAAAAUACUAUGCAAAGUCAGUUUCAUAUCUACACCAUUUUCAUUAAAUGCAUAGCAAUUGCUUUCAGGACAUGGGUUGGUUCAUCAGUUCCAGGUUUGGAAUGAGGAGGCAUCCAAGAAUGGCUUAACCUCCCCAAUCAUGGGAAGCAGAAAGGGAUGGCGUGUCAAUGCAACUUGCAUUAAAUGGCUUACUAUCCUCUACUUCCAUUCAAGGGUCUUGCCUACCUUUCACCCAGCACAGAGCUUAUUUUACUCUCUUCAGUUGCAAAGCUCUUCAUUUUUUCCAGUUCAGGAUUCCAAUUCCAAUUUGUAAAGAUUCUUAGUCCCUGAUCCUUAACUCCUUUUUUACUUUCUCUGUUCUCAGCCUACUUAAAAAAACAAACAAAUGCCAGGCCUGUAAAACAGAAGACAACAGCCAUUCAGCCUGGGUGGUUGAAAACAGCCAGUGCUUCCAGCACUACCAUACUUCUGUUUGGCCCCACCACAGCAAUGAGUGCCUUUGGGAGCCCACAUACGCCAUCUCCAGCCAUCUUCUGCAUAUCUAAGGCUGCAAGUAAGAGUACAAGGCUCAGUUGAAUCCUCCUGAAGAGCCUUUCCCACAAUCAGCAUCAAAGGGAGAGGUUUGGCAAUAGGGCAGUGUGGUGGCAGAAGUGCAAGAUUGUGCUGCCUCUUCAGUCAUUCCCUUUGGCUACCAAAAACAGGAUGCUCCCUCUGAACAACAGAAGGCAUGAACCACUUCAGUCCCCUUCCCUCUGAAACGGCCAACGCCUGGGACUGGCAGUUCCCUCCCAGCUCUCAGUGGGCUGAAUGACACAAAGAGCCAUGCUUCUGUGACGUUGCUCCCUGCAGGCCCAUUCAGUUGAACUGCCUGGCAUUUCCAUCAGAAAUCCACUGUGCUGCAGAUGGGUUUUCUCCUGCUGGAGAAAGCCUGCACACAGCAAAAGCUACUUUGCCUUCCCCAUGCUUUCUUGCAUUGUGGAGAAAAUGUAGGGCGGACAGAGCCAUCCUUUCCCCAAACCUCUUACUAAGGCCUGGACUUGGGGCUUAGGUCCUCUUGUCAGUGCUUUUUAAGUUGGUUGGAUGCCUGUGAAGUUGCAUCUGUCUCUCAGAAGAUUCCCUUGAGGAACAUCCCUCCUUAGACCUUUUGUGACAUGUUUUCCUUUAGAAUCUGCACAUGGUUCCAAGAUGCUUAAAAAGCCACCAUUUAAGCUAUUGAGGGCACUUGCACAGUUGUGGCUCUCAUUAAAGCUGGCCUUCCUAGAUCUGAGAACCAAGUGCCCUUUCUGUCAGUGAUCAUCCUGUUAUUUUCCCGCAACUUCUCUUACCCUUUGAGAAGGUGUGGCUUAUCUGUCCUUGCGUGGUAGGCCAGCAACCCCUCCCUCCCUCCACCUAAUCAGCCACUAAUAAUGAAGUUGUCAGUUGCAUUUCUAAUUCUUGGGUGUAUCCUCACGCCGAGAACAGACCACUGGGAGUUCCUUUGGGUUUGGUGUGCCUGAAGCAUGCCAGAUAUUGGUGGCUGAAUCACAAGAACACAGUAUGCAUUAGUUCAGGCUGCACUUUUAAUUUCCUGUGUCCUUUUGGAAGUGUAGACUGCUUGUUUCACUUUUUACAAUCCUUUUCUUUCACCCUUGAUACAUAGAAGACCCCAGAAAUCUGUCCUAAACUAGGCCAUGGAACAGAACUUGGUGGCGGCGCUAGAGGAAAAUAAGCCUAAUGUAAGAUCUCUUGUCACGUGAUUGCUGCCUUUCCUGGAGCAAUGAGGAAGUAACUCAUUAUUUGAUGCCUCUCUCACACCAGAAAUACACUUCUAGUACAAAACCAGUAUUUUGUUCUCCCUGUACAAAGGAAAGGAGCAAGGAAAAGCAAGUCUGCUACUCUUGUUGUACGAAAAGGCUGGUGUUUUAGGUUUGAGUGUAGUGCUAUGUUUCUGCUGAAUUAGCUUGUUAUGCCACAUUUUGUGUCAAACUAAUUACAACUCUCAUAAUUUGGGCAAGCUAUUGCUAGAAAGAUUGUUCUUCAGUCUCUUUAGGAUGGGCAGAAGAAUGAUACUUCACAGUGUAAAUGUGUUAAGUCUCUCACACUAGGGUCUGUAUCCAGUCUCUAGGGUUCAAAAAAUUAAGGAGCUAAUAAGAAAUUUACACUUGGAUCCAGCUAGUCCUGGUUGAACUGAGGCCAUUGUGAAAUGGUCUCCAGCAGAAAGGAAGGUUACCACAAAACAUUGUUUAUCAGUAGGAUGAUUCCAGAGCUGCUCAGGAAUAAGAACUCUGAAUAUGGAAUGCAACUUAAUCUGUUGCAUUGUUACCAAAAUUUAUGCUGGGAACCUUCCAUAGCCGGGCAAAACGUGAAUGGGCUCCUUGUUACUGGUUGUUCCAUAGCCAGCGCCUGCAAUGCACCAAAUGCAUUUAAAUGGUACAGCACUGAGAGCUCUGGAAGAGUUUAUAAAGCAGGGGUGCUACUAUUGCGGCAGAAAACUGCUGGUUUAAUUUCAUUGUGUAGACCAAGGGAAGGCAACCCAGCUCCCUCCAGAUAUUUUAGACUACAGUUUCUGUUAACUCUAGCCUGCAUGACUAAUAGUUUAUGGGAGUUGUAGUCCAAAACAGGUAAGGGACCAAGUUGCAUAUGCCUGACAUAGACCUACUCUGGGGGUCAUAUUAGAAGAAUCCUGUUGGCCAUUCCUGCAAGGGUCUGCAAGCCUUUUAAUAGGUAAGACACCUCAUCUUAGCUACAUGAGCAUGUAGGAGGAGCGAGAAACCCUGUAUUACACUCAUAAUUUGCUGGAAGGUAAGCCAUUUGAAAGGGCAUUCCUGCUGCAAAGCUUUUUCUUGCUCAACAUGUUUUCCAAUUUGUAGAUCUACAAACUAAAAUGUCACUGUAAUGUUGAUCUUUUGCUGUUAGAGGCAAGUCUUAAGAUUUAUACUGUAUCUGGACUAAGUUUACAGAAGAAGUGCCUAAAUGACUAGGCAUGGUUUCUCUUUUCCAGUAUGACCAAUUUAGCAGGUUCUCAGCUCAUAUGAUGAAUCUUGUGUUGCAUCAAGGCUUUGUGUUUAAUUCAUACAAAAUUAAGCAAUCUGGUAUCUUUGUUCUUUUUUAAAGCCAUACCAUUUGCUAAUUUAAUAUCCAUCCAGCAGUUGUUUCUCCAGAACCUACGACUGACUGUGUGCCAGAUAACUCUGUGUUGUAGCUCUGCAGUUCCUGGGAGGUGAGAUAGUUUCACUGUUUAAGGGGUUUCAUUUUUAAGAGCUGGAAUGUAGUUUAGUGAAACAGUCAAAUUCUAAGCCAUAUUCUUGUACUAGAUAACAGAAGUGAACACGUGCACAAUGAAGAUUUCUGCCUUGCAAGGAUACCUUGUAGACAUGUCUUCAGCCUAAAGAAGCAUGUCUAUUAUGUGCCAAGUGAGUAGCAGUAAGGAUUGGGGCAAAUGGACUUGAGAUUAGAGAUCAUCAAGUCUCCCUAAACUAUACUUGUAUGUAUGUAUGUAUGUGAGGGUUUGCGCAUUGGAAACCCAUUAUAUGAAGCUGUCUGCUUCCAGAGGAAAUAAAAUUCUACCAAAUAA